CAAUAUUUUCAGAUCCUUAAUAGAUCGUUAGAAACUAAAUCCUCAUAUUACAAGGCACAUUAAAAGACAAAGAAGUCAUCUUCUAUACAAAGUUUACCUCAGGACUAACUACAUACUCUUUUUUAAUCCCAAGCAGACUAGCAACUAGUUUUAAAGUAUUAGCACUAUCCCUCCAACGAUAUCGCUUUCUCCCAUGGCAGAUGAUCUGCACAUACCGCUUGUGGCAUUCCAAGAAAUGAAGGAUUCCAACUCCAAAUGUGAGGAUACCAAUGUGCCAGAUUUGAAGACAGCAAAAAAAGUAAUCGAAGAAUUAGGAUAUCCGUUCCAGCUGCAACAACUUAUCAAUAAUGGAGACCGCGAGAAAUUUAAUCAAUACUUGUAUGCAGUAGUUGAGAUUCAGCAAUCCAUCAAUUCAGGGUUAAUCACCGGUUAUGAGACUCAUGGAAGUCGUGCUAUAAAAUCACUGCACCUGGUGUUUCGAGGAAUAUUGGACUGCUCAAUCAGUGCCAACACAAGUUCUGAUCCUUCGAGUUCCUCUCUUUACUCUAGUGGUGUGCCUAGCACUUAUAGUUAUGAGUUGCAGGGAAGAAAUCGUACUUUCGAAUAUGAGCUCUCCUCAGAGAAAAUUUAUUAUCUCCGUAGCAUAGUUGAGAAGCUAAAUGCUAUAGAAUGCCUUGGGGACUGCAUUGACGUGUACAAAAAUUUAAGGAGGUCGGCUGUGGAUGCAAAGUAUCAGUGGUUUCGGAUUGGGAACUGGACCACUACCGACUUGAAAAAAUUAGACUCGAGACAGUUUGCUGCAAAAAUUAACAUAUGGAUUCAAGUAGCCAAAAUAUUUUAUGACGGAUUCUUUGUUGGGGAGAGGCUAUCUUUUGAGCAGAUCUUCAAAGGUGUAACAGCUGCGACGUAUCACAACUGUUUUGUACCUAUCGUCGAGCAUGUUGCAGUUGAGUUGAACAAUUUUGCGAGUGCUGUAAGUUCUAUUGCUUCAUUUCAAAACCUGUUUCCUGUUUUAGAUCUGUACAGCGCGCUGGAUGUCAUCUUGCCUGACAUUUUAAUCAUGUUCUCCACUUCAUGGACAAUAAAUAUAUCUCAGGGGGCAAUUAAUAUUCGACGGAGCCUCUUAACUCUAGUAGGGAAAUUGUUAUGCAGCUUUGAGGAUACUGUGCAAAAUGAGCUAUCAACCGCGCUACUUCCUGAAGGCACGGUUCAUUUUUUGACAGCAUAUGCAAUGGAAUAUGUUACUAAAAUUUCAUUGCACAAGGAACUGCUAAGAUAUAUGAUUGAGUCCCCAACUAAAAGCUUGGGAAAUCAGGCAGAUGAUCAAUUUCUGAAUUCUGCAGGUGGAACCCCAUUAGCACUCCGCGUAGUUUGGAUCAUCAUCAGCUUGAGAAUCAACUUGGAGCGUAAAUCUAGUCAUUAUAGAGAUGCGUGGUGUCGCUAUGUAUUUGUUACCACCAAUGUUAACUACGUAAUUAAGACCAUUAAAUCAUCUCCAGAACUACUAGACUUAAUUGGAAAGGAGUAUUCAUCAAAGUUGAGCACCUAUAUCGCGCAGGCAAGACAGGACUAUUCUUCAACAAUUUGGGACAGGGUUUUGUACUGUUUAAGAGAUGAUGGAUUAAAGCAUAAGUUCCUCUUCUAUAACAGAAUUUCGAGGAAUUCUGUGAAGAACAGGUUCAAGACUUUCAACACGACAUUUGAAGAGGCUUGUCGCAGUCAAUCCAGAUUGUUUGUGCCAGACAUUGACAUUGACAGUCAGUUUCAUAUGUUGAUACUAAGCAAGUUGCUUCCGGCUUACAAGGUUUUUUUAGAGAAGUACAGUAGCCAUCUACAGAGCGAAAAGUACAAGGAGAGAUGCAUCAAGUACUCAUCAGAGGACCUUCAGAGUAAAAUUCAAACUCUGUUUACGGAAAAACUGAUUGUCCACAAUGGCACAGAAGAAAAUUUGAUGAUCCCCUGAGGCUCGUUCCGCUUGAAUGGCAAUAAAUCACUGAAUUCCAGUGCAUAUGUGUUUACCAAUUAUCACCAACCCUGUAACAAUUAUCACUGAAUUUGUUUUUGAGCUCAUCCCAAAAAGCCUCAUACUAAUGUAGUUAUUUGACUGCUUAUUCAAGACAAAUCUUCUUUUAUCUUUACGAUGUGAAACUUGGUUUUACAACC